AUGCCCCUUCUACGCACCACCCCGUCACUCCUUUCGAGGACCUUUCACCGUCAAACUUCGCGACAAUUGGCUGCAGGCAGUCAUCAGUUCUAUUCCACUAAGUCGGAAAAAACUGAUGCCGAUUUGAUCCUUGCAAAGCCAUCCUGGUCUGCCCGCUCUUUACUCCCUGACGAGGCCGAAAAAUCGUCCAAACCGUCAGUUACACCAGCUCAAUUGCGCCAUUUACUCCGUCUUUCUGCUCUGCCUCAGCCGGCCAACGAGGAGGAGGAAACUAAAAUGCUCGAGUCCCUUGAGUCUCAGAUACACUUUGUCCGGAAGAUUCAGCAGGUCGAUGCGACGGGUGUUGAGCCUCUCCAGAGUAUCCGAGACGAAAGCCCCGAGGCAAUCAAAGAAAGCACCAUUGGAUUAGAUCAGCUGAAAGAAGCUUUAUCCAAAGAACGAGUAGUCGGCCGGAACAAAAGGAUUCAGCGUUUGAAGACAGAAAGGAACGACCGCCCAGAUGGAGACACUUGGGAUGGAAACGCUCUUGGAUAUGCUUCGAAGACUAAGGGCAAAUUCUUCGUUGUUGAGACUGGCAAUUGA